AUGGUUCUUGGUCACUCUCGACAAGGUGAUGACUGUGGUGCCAGUUGGAUUUCCGGUAAUACGAAAGAUAUCUCGCAUCUGGCUGAUUUUGGUAUCUAUGAUUGGUGUUCGGCUUUGUCCCCGACACACUCCAGUCAAGAGAAUAAGCAAUUGUGUCGUUGGCUUGGACCCAGCUUUAAUAUUGGUGGUUCUCUGUGUUUUGCAUGUGCCACUUCUCAAGGAAAAGUUUUACAGCGUUCAAGUGUGAUUCCCCUCUCCAGAGAAGAGCAGGAUAGUACAGAUAUCAAGGAUCUGAAAAAGCGUUUUACCGAAGACUUACAUAACUGUUUGAAAAACUCUGACCCCAUCAAGAUUGAUGAUUUACAGGAUCCUUUGGGUGCUUACGAAGCUGAUGAAAAGUAUAUCAGGCCUCUGCACACAAAUGCUAACAUUCCGCACUUUGAACGAUAUGAAGAUGAUGAAAUGUUGCAGCAUGAAGAGCUUUUUGAAGUAGCCCCAUCUGAAGAAGACGAUCAAGUGGAAUUUGACAAAUAUGUAGGUGUUAAGAUCCGGAAAAAUGAAAAUGGUAUUGACAAAUUUGGGGUUGUUUGUGGAAGAAGAAGAAGAGCAGAUGGCUCGAUGGUUGGUUUGUAUCAUGAGAAGCCUGUCUUGGACACUUCUAUUUAUGAAAUCGAAUGGCAUGACAGUGAAACUGAAUCCUAUCGUGCAAAUGAAGUUAUUGAAGCAAUUAUGAUGAAUGUUGAUGAUGACGGUAAUAGUAUCCUCCAUGUGAAAGAAUUUAUUGAUCACAGGACGGAUGGCACACGAGUCCAUGCUGAUGAUGGUCUUGUCAUGGUAAAGAAUAAGAAAGUUCCUCAAAGAACUACAAAAGGGUGGUAUCUGUGUGCUCAAAUUCAUGGUGAUGAGACAGAAUGGAUUGAUUUGAAAACGGCAAAGGAGGCCUAUCCAAUUCAGGUGGCCGAAUAUGCUGUUGCUAACAAACUUGUAUCUGAGACUGCUUUCUCUUGGUGGGUUCCUUAUACUUUGAAGAAGCGUGAUCGAAUUCUAAAGGCUGUGAAAAGAAGAGCCUUAACUCGCAAGACUGAGAAAUUUGGUUUUGAAUUGCCUGGUUCUGGUCCAAAAGGCGUGAGACGUGCCUACAAGAUUGACGCCAACACUGGUAGCAAUCAUUGGGGAAAUGCUAUUGAUAAGGAAGUUAAGACGGUGUUGCCUACCUUAAGAAUCUUGGGACCAAAUGAACCUGUUCCUCCUGGAUAUACUUGUAUUGAUUUGAUGACUGUGUUUGAUGUUAAAAUGGACCUCACACGAAAGGCCCGGAUAUGUGCAAGAGGGGACCAAACUGAUCCUCCUCUUUUGGUAACAUAUGCCAGUGUUGUCACUCGUGAGAGUAUUUGUAUUGGAUUCUUGCUGUAA